GUUGAUAAAAGUUAGGUUAUAUGUCAAAGCCAUUAAUAAAAUCUAGUUUGAAUUAUUAUUUUAAUAGUUAAUUGUUGCCUUCAUUUGUUUAAUUAUAAAAUGCACGGAAGAUUAAAAGUUCGUACUUCUGAAGAGCAGAAAGCUUUAAAACAAAAAGAACAACAGAAAAAACUUGCGGCAUAUCAUAUGGGGAUGCACAAAAUUUUAUCUACAAGGAAAUCAGAUAGUUAUGACCCGGAGAGUCUUCAAAUUAGCUGCCAAAUUCUAAUAGCCAAUCCUGAUGUUUAUACUUUAUGGAAUUAUAGAAAAGAGAUCAUUUUAAUGGAAAUAGAAGCAAGUAAAAAGGAUGAAAACGAAGGAGAAGACAAGCUAAUAAAAUUUUUGGAAAAUGAAAUAAAAUUUACAGAACAGUGCCUACCGGCAAAUCCGAAAUCUUACGGAAUUUGGCAUCAUAGGUAUUGGAUAAUGCUGAAUCAUCCAAGACCUAAUUGGGAAAAUGAAUUUUCUUUGUGUACAAAGUAUCUUAGUAUAGACGAUCGAAAUUUUCAUGUAUGGGAUUAUAGACGUCUACUUGUUAACAAAAUUGGUAUAACUUUAGAUCACGAGCUUAAAUUUUCCACAGACAGAUUGAAUAUAAAUUUUUCCAACUAUUCGUCGUGGCAUUAUAGAAGUACAUUAAGAAAUUUAGAUGAAAAAUGUGUUGAAACAGAGUUAGAUUUGGUAAAAAAUGCUGUUUUCACAGAUCCUGCUGAUAGUAGCGCUUGGUUUUAUUUAAGGUGGAUUUUAAGUAAUCCGUCUAUUACCAAAGAAGCUAGAGAAGAACUGUUGAAUGCAUUUGAACAAUUAGAAGAACUUGAACCUAACUGUAAAUGGGUAAUUCUAGCAAAAUGUUGGUUAACUGGAAGUCUAGUUUUAAGUGAUCCCCAGUAUUUGGAUAAACGAAUAACUUUUUACAAAAAGCUUGCAACUUUAGAUCCUCUAAGAAGAGGACAGUAUGAAAGUUAUUUAAAAGUUGCUGAAGAAAAAUUGAAAGGAUCUUUAGAUAAAACUCAAUAGCAUUUGUACAUUCCUUAUCUUGUAAAACCAAUAUUAUUGUGGCGACUGGAGUUCCAGAAACUCAAUGAUACUUCAUCACACAUUAGAUGAUUGUACCUAAGAGGAUUUUUAGCGUCUCGCAAGGAAAGAGGGUAAAAAAAAAUAUUGAAAUCAGUUAAUAACUUUACAGAGUUUUACAAGAGAAUUAUUAAUUUUUUUUAUAUUCUUUUUAUUUAUUUAUAUUACACUUGUCAGCACAAAAUUUUUCUUUGACUCUAAUGUAUAAAAUUUCUAUAGUUUAGUUCGUAAUUACACAAAAAAAAAAUUAUAUAAAAUAUAGUAUUUAGAAGACCGAUUAAACCACAUUUUUCAAAAUUUGUAGCUUUAAUGUUUAAUUGAAGAUAUAACCAUACAAAUAAAUAUUUUAUCAUCAAGCUUUACUAUCAAAAUAGAUUACAAAAAAGUGAAAAAUACUUUAGUGUACACUUUUUCUUUUAUAAUUUCGAAUGGUGUUGCGAGUUGACGACUCAAAAUAAAACUGUCCUGAAAUAUAUUCUGUGGCGAUGGUAAAUUAUUAGGUAGUGCUUCAAAAGUACUUAUAAGAUCCCAUAUCGCUAAGUUGGAAUUUCUGGAAUCGUUGGUGAUAUUCAUUCAUUCAGGUGAACUGUUUACCUUCAGUCUCUGAAGUCGAUAACUUUGUUAUCAGACGGUGUAAUUGUGAAUGGUGGUGUAAACAGUGUAUUCAGUAUCCCAUACCGCAUCAAAUAAUGAGAUAUAUUCUCAUCGUUGCACUCCGCGUUGCUUGAUUUUUGAAAAUUCUUCUAAUUAUUUCAAAGCUCACUUCGACCUACCUUAUGUCAAGGGUCGUCGUGAACUGUAGUCCUGACGUUACAUGACAUGACAUGAAUGACGUCCACAACGAUCGUAAUCGCUAUAUGGAACGACCAAAAGAGCUGAGCAGUGAACCAUAGAAGUUUUUUUUUUAUAUUUUGUUGAAUAAAAUGCUUUCUGAUAAACUGAAAUUAAUGUUUAUUCUAGUCACUAGUCACAUGUUCUUUUCACACACCUUAACUUACAUUACAGGAAGUAACAUUUGAUAUAUGUCAAACAAUAAAGAACACAGAAUAUAACAAACUUAUAAUUUGAUUGUCUCAACAUUUCAGGCACCGUGAACGCUUGUGGAAUGUACCAUCAAUGGCAAAAAUAAUUGCCAAGAACUUUGACAGCUGCCAAAAGAGAUCAAAAUGAUCCUCUUGCAUAUAUGUAAUACUCCCGUUGAAUAUUUUUUAUCGCUAUCUCUUCUCAACAUUAUAAGGGACAAAUAGAACUUAUUUCUGUAGAAAAUGAUAGAAUGUAUAAAGUUCAUGUUUACUGUUAAAGAGGUGGGUCUGUGUUUGUCGAAAUGAGUUGAAUUACGGGGAUGCAACAAUAGUAGUAGUUACAGAGGAGUUUUCUCAAGUUAUAUCUAGCAAAUAAUGUUUGAUUAUGAUAUUAGUUGAAAUUUUAAUACUAUACUGUCCUUAAUUACUCUAAUGAUGAAACUUUUUUAAAUCAAUAUGCUUUCAUUCUGCUACAUUAACAUUCAUAUAAUAAAAUGUAUUUGUUCGAGUGUCCUGCUGGAGUUAUUGAACUAUAAUAUGAAAAAAAAAUUGAUUAGCAAUUCACUUCCCUUUCCUUUUAAAUAAUUGUAAUGAAACGAAUGUCUAAAUCAAGUUUUAUUUCAAUAAUCAACAAAGUUAGAAAAAUUUCCAAAAUAUAUCUUAAUGAUCUGGUAUUUUUCUUAUCUACGGAACGUCCUGUAAAAUGAAGAUAUAAAAAAGCAAGUUCAAUAACCCAGUGAAUAACAUUUUUUUAUUAUUUUUAUCAUCAAAAAUAAAUUAUCAUCAGGUGAAAUCGAUAUUUAAUUAAAAAGCGACAAAAAAUUUGUUAUAUUCAAUAUUUUCAGUGAUAUCUAAAAGUUCAUUUACUUUUUUUGAUUGAGAGGCCUAAAAUAAAAAAUUUUAUCAACAAUCAAGAUUAAUCGAAAUUAUUCCAUAUUAUUUAAUCAAAAUAUGAUGUUGUCAACUUUUUUUACAAGACAUAAAAUAUAUUCAUAUCUAUAACGGAUAUAAAACAGUAUUUUAGAAAAAUGAACAGUAUUUUAUUCAUUUCUGUUUUAAAUAAAUAUUUUUUAGAGCUUCUCGCCAAUUUAUUAAUUUAAAAUCUUCCAUAAAUAAAAAUCAUCCAUACCAAUUGAGUCUAUACAAAUUUAGAUUAUCUAUAAUUUUCUCGAAAUGAUCAAAUAUAACCGAAGACUUCAAUGAUUCGAAAAUAGGUUAUAUUUCUACGUUACGGUGCCGACAGUAUUCAUUUCCUCUCUCGUUCGAGACACUUUAUACUGCGCAUGCUUCAUGUACGCAAAAAUGCGCAAAACUAUUUGUUUCACUUAGUCGGAACACGUUCCACUUAUAUAAACUGUCCAUAUAGAAGUAUCACAUAAGGGGAACGCACACACUUGCAUGUCUGUCAGUAAGUGACAGUCUUAAAUAUUUGACAUUGACAGAUUCGUUCAGAAGCGCAGUCUUCUUUGUUUGUGGCUGUGCUGCACUGAGCAGUGACCGCUCUCUGACAAAAUAAAAACAAAUUUGUGAGGCCAUCUAAGUGUAACACAUAAUAAGUGAUGCUGCAAACGGUAUUUUGUUCAACGGUAAAAAGUAUAAUUCAGUGAAAAACAAUAUAGAGUUGGCUAGCUCUAGAUGUAACAGCGGCUGUUAGGUUACUGAAAUUUUGUAUUAAAAAUAUGUAUUAAUGAGGACUAUCGGAUUUGAAUUUGAGCCUAGAGACGCUUGUGGAAAAAUGUCUUGCUAAAUGUCACUGUUUGGUAGCUUUAAUCAUAUAUGUCCUCCUAAGGACAGUUCUUAUGGGAAAAACGUUUCUACGUUACGGUGCCGACAGUAUUCAUUUUCUCUCUCGUUCGAGACACUUUAUCUAUACUGCAUAUACUUCAUGCGCGCAAAAGAUGCGCAGAACUAAUUGAAGCGCCCGGACGAGAGAGAGAAGAUACACUAUUUGUUUCAUUUAGUCGGAAUAACUUCCACUUAUAGUAUAGGAGUAUUAGAUUUAUGACUUUAAUAUAUAAUCUUCAGGGCUGAAAUGUUUUUCGUAAAUAGUCGAAAACUGAGAAUUUCUUUCAUUCAAUGUAGAAGCAUUAAUUUUGAGGAUUAUAGUUGUCCCUGGACGGUACAUUACCUUCUUUUUGUUUAAGAGGAAUCGCUACAUUUCAUCUAAUGUAUUAAUGAAUGAAAUAUUAUGUUCUUCUCAAAUAGCCCACUUUUUACAUAAAAAAAAAA